GGAUGCUGCAGACCAGUGGUCGCAUGAGUCACAAGGAACAAACAAGAGGCUAUCGAGUAUCGACACUUGACCUCAAGCUCGCCGCCGCAGCAGCAGCACAACCACCGCACGACCCUCACGAUGCUGCCUCUCCGCCUCCUCCUCGCCGCCGUCGCCUUCCUCCUCUCCGGCCUCCUCCGCCCCGUCCAGCCCUUCACUGCGCUCGAGUCCGAGCAGAUCGCCCGCUUCCAGGACUACCUCCGCAUCCGCACCGCGCACCCGUCCCCCGACUACGCCGGCGCCGCCGCCUUCCUCAUCCCCUACGCCGCCUCCCUCGCCCUCCGCACCACCACGCUCCACUUCUCCCCGUGCAAGACCAAGCCUCUGCUCCUCCUCACCUGGCCAGGGACUGACCCCUCGCUCCCCUCCGUGCUCCUCAACUCCCACCUCGACUCCGUCCCGGCCGAGGCGGAGCGCUGGACGCACUCGCCCUUCGCCGCGCACCGCGACCCCGCCACGGGCCGCGUCUACGCGCGCGGCGCGCAGGACGACAAGUGCCUUCCCAUCCAGUACCUCGAGGCGAUCCGCGGCCUCCAGGCCGCUGGCUUCGCCCCCACCCGCACCCUCCACAUCUCGCUCGUGCCCGACGAGGAGAUCGGCGGCGCGGACGGGUUCGAGAAGUUCGCCCAGUCGGAGGAGUUCCGCGCCCUCAACAUCGGGUUCAUGCUCGACGAGGGGCAGGCCUCGCCGACGGACGUGUUCAGGGUUUUCUAUGCGGAUAGGCUGGUGUGGAGGUUGAUUGUGAAGGCCGCGGGGGCGCCCGGGCACGGGUCGAGGAUGUUCGACGGCGCCGCCGUUGACAGUUUAAUGGAUUGCGUGGAGACCGUGGCCGGGUUUAGGAAGGCGCAGUUCGGGAUGGUGAAGGCCGGAGAGAGGGGUCCCGGGGAGGUGGUUUCGGUGAAUCCUGUGUACAUGAAGGCCGGCAUUCCGAGCCCCACGGGUUUUGUGAUGAAUAUGCAACCUUCAGAAGCGGAGGUGGGCUUUGAUCUUCGCCUUCCUCCAACUGAAGAUAUUGAACAGAUAAAACGAAGAAUCAAAGAAGAAUGGGCGCCAGCUCAUAAAAACUUGACCUACCAGUUGGUGCGUAAAGGACCAAUAAGUGAUGUGGCUGGACGUCCCAUAUUUACAGCAACCAAUGAGUCAAACCCAUGGUGGUCUUUAUUUGAACAGGCCAUCAUCUCUGCAGGUGGCAAGCUAUCUAAGCCUGAGAUUUUAUCUUCAACUACAGAUUCACGCUUUGUGAGGCAGCUGGGCAUUCCUGCCCUUGGGUUUUCUCCAAUGACAAAUACUCCGAUAUUACUUCAUGAUAACAAUGAGUUUCUGGAGGACAAAGUAUUCCUGAGAGGCAUCAAAGUGUAUGAACAUCUCCUUAGAGCACUAAGCUCCUUCCAAGGCUGAUUCAAAAUGGGAAACUGCUGUUGCUUAAAUUAUCACAUUGUCCUAUUCCUAUCCCAUUCAGCGAAGAUAGGAAUCCACAGCUUUCUCAUGAUUUUGGUUCUGUCUCAACCUUACCAGGGUAAAACAUAAAUAAAUCAAAUCUGCAUACAUAAGUAUGGAGGCAUGAACUGUAACACAUGACAUAAAGUUCACGUCUGCAUUGGCGUAUCUCGAUUUGGAGGUUCUACUGGUUUUGCCCUUGUACAGAAUGCAAAACCAAUGUUGUGGAAUAAUUUCUUUCAAUAUGGACGCUUUCCUAAAGAUGUAAAGAUUCAAUAUGAACACUUUCCUAAAGAAGUAAAGGUAUAAGUCCUACAUGACAAUUGUAGA